ACCACAAUCAGCUGUUCGCCUGCAGGUGAACUGAUAUAAGGGAAUUCACGUGGGGAUAAGUGCAUAAUACGCUUAUAUUCAAUUAACAAUUACUGCCAUACAUGCUUAUCUAAGUAGUUGGAAAAAAAGAUGAAUAAAAGAAUUGUUAGAAAUAUAGUAGUAUGUGCGACGGCUGCGACUUGUGCCUACUACACGGGUAAAUACGUAGAGCGUCAACACAUUGAGGCGCCACAUACAGAGCAGCGAACAUUUGUACAAGAUGCACAUCAGAGGUUUGAACGCCGUCCUGGACUACCCAUUUUCGGUACUGUCUCCGCUGCAGUGCCAGUGCCUGCAGAGGAAGUGAACCUCACCGCCACACCAGCGCGCAUUUCGCAAAUCAUGAAAUACGGUUUCCCCGGUCUCGAUCACGUACGCUCUUACUCCGAUUUUGUGCUGUCCUAUGAUCGACGCAAUCGCGUGCCACAUUGGGUUUUCGAACAUCUCACACCCGCAUCGGUGGCGCGUAACGACGCGGUAGAUCGUUCCAAAUGUGACUUUCGUGCCGAUGAAAGUAUACAUCCAUACUUUCGCGCACAAAAUACCGAUUACCGACGUUCUGGCUAUGAUCGCGGACACAUGGCGGCGGCAGGCAAUCACCGGCGUCAUCAGAAACACUGUGAAGACACCUUCUUUCUAUCGAAUAUGGCGCCGCAAGUGGGGCAGGGUUUUAAUCGCGAUUCAUGGAAUCGACUGGAGAUGUAUGUGCGUAAAUUAACGCAGACAUAUCCGAAUGUAUACGUGUGCACGGGACCAUUGUAUUUGCCGCGUAAAGAAGACGAUGGCAAGACCUACGUGAAAUAUGAAGUAAUCGGCGCCAAUACUGUGGCGGUGCCGACGCAUUUUUAUAAAGUGAUUGUGGGUGAAACCGCAGAUCAGCAACUCGAUAUGGAGGCUUAUGUAAUGCCUAAUCAAGUGAUCAGCGAUGACACGCCACUGCAGGUGUUUCAAGUGCCACCAGAAACGGUGGAGCGCGCAGCGGGUCUACUCUUCUUCGACCAAGUGAAUCGGAAGCAGCUGAGGCGUAUCAACGGCAAGAAAGCCUGAACGUAAGCAGGCAUAACGGGUUUUGUGCAAUUAAAAAGUAGUUGAAUUUCAAAUUUGCGAAGAAACGUUUACCGUUGUUGGUAUUUUAAGUUUGAGAUGUUCCUUUAUCUAACAGCGUUGUAACAUAUUUAGUAAUUAGUAACACAAUAAAAACAAAAUACUA